AUGGAAAGAUCCCUCCCAGCCACCGAGCGGAAGCUGGCAGGCAAAUCGCCCUUCGAUACUCCUGACGGCGGAUACUUGACCACAGAGAAGCGUAGCAUUGAGCGUCGUCAACGGAAAGGCCAGAAUGGAGAUCAGAACCAGGAUGGGAAUGACGACUGGGAUCAAAAGAAAGGCUGGGGCGACGACGACGAUGAUAGCGACAAUUGGGAUCAAAAGAAAGGUUCGGGCAACAAGCCGUGGGGGGAUGACCAAUGGGGGCACGGGCACCACGACCAAGACAAAAUUGCCCAGUUCUGGGGGUAUCCAGCAGUUCCAUACGGCAGAUACACGGAUCAGCUGGUGUUCGUUCAGUACGUUGGCAGCAGCCUGCGCCACAUCGAAGACAUCUUCCGGGAUGGAUCUGGCGGUUUCAUUGGCAUCAGCGGCGUCGGUGUUACUGUUGAGCCUAACCAGUUUGAGACUGAAGGACGUCGCAAUGGUGGCCUACCCGGAGAGGAGAUUGUGUACGGCGGCGACUCUGAAGACCAAGGCAGAUGGAUCGCUGUUGAGAAGCCUGGACCCGACUGCAGCUGGGUUAUCUACUGGUGGGACGGAAAGUGGUUCCCAUGGCAACAAGACAGGCCAAGACGGUACGAGAAAAUCAAGGUCCUCGCCGUCGACUCCAACAACGUCGACUAUGGGUUCGAGCCGCAAUAUGAUGACGAUAAAGGUCCUGACGACAAAGGUCCUGACGACAAAGGCCCUCCGGGCGGCCAAGGUCCUCCAGGCGGCCAAGGUCCUCCAGGUGGCCAGGGCCCUCCAAGCGGCCAUGGUCCUCCUAGCGGCCAAGGUUCAAGCGGUCAAGGUUCCUGGGGCGGUCAAGGUUCUGGCAGUCAAGGUCCUGGCAGUCGAGGUACUUGGGGCGGUAACGGUUCUUGA